CCUGCACACGGUUGAUUGAAACCCACAACUCUCUAAGAAACAGAAAACAGAAAACUCCACUCAUACUAAGACGCAACAGAUUCAUUUAGAGUUUGGGGACAUCCUUUGUAUUCAGAAGACAAAGAUGAUAGUUAGCAACCAUGUUUGUGGUGUCGGACAAUCAAUUUCAUUUCCUCAGCUGAAACCCUUUUGUUGUAUCGAUUUCUCGCCCAAGAAAUCAUCCAAUUUGAGCUUUGUUUUGGGUUGGAAUUGGACUCUUGCUGCUGCUGCUCAAAACAGGCCAUUUUCGAGGCACCAAUCGAAUAACUCUUCUUGGCGUUGCAGCUGCAACAACCCCAUCAACAGUCAAACCAUCAGUUCUUCUGAAUGGGAUUGGAAUCGAUGGAACCGCCAUUUCUCUGAGAUUGAGCAGGCUGAGAGUUAUGCUUCUGUUCUCAAGUUCCAACUCGAAGAUGCAAUAGAUAAGGAAGACUUUGAAGAAGCUGCAAAGUUAAAGUUGGCUAUUGCAGAGGUUUCUUCAAAGGACAGUGUAGCUGAAAUCAUGUCUCAGUUGAAGAAUGCCAUAGAUGAAGAGCGGUACCAUGAUGCUUCACGGUUGUCUAGACUUACGGGAAGUGGACUGGUUGGCUGGUGGGUAGGCUACUCAAAGGACUCUGAUGAUCCAUUUGGUAGAUUAGUGCGCAUAACACCUGGUGUAGGUAGAUUUGUUGCUAGGAGUUACAGUCCAAGGCAGUUGGUCAAUGCAUCACCUGGAACUCCAUUAUUCGAGAUUUUUGUGGUUAAAGAAGAUGAAGAAACAUAUCUUAUGCAGGUAGUUUAUAUACAUCGUGCAAAAGGAAGUUCUACAAAUAGUACGAGCUCACCGUCCAAGCCUACAAAAUCCCCAUCGACUUCUGAAGUUGAGAAUGCAUCUGUUAUAGAUGUUCAGGGGAAUGAUGAAGGUAAGGCAGAAAGAAGUGAUGAGAAGGGAAUAAAUAUUGAGGGAGCAACUGAGGAAGGGAUUAAAAGUGUGAUAAAUUUUCUUAAAAAUAAAAUUCCUGGAUUGAAAGUCAAAGUCAUGGAUGUUGAUGUUUCUGAGGAAGUAAUAGUUAAUGAUUCUGUGGAGGAGCUCAUACAAGAAGAUGAUGAGAAAACAGCUGCCACUGAGAAUUCUGAAGAUGAAACUAGUGAUUUGGAAGAGAUUCAGCCUGAUGGAGUUGCCAUGGGGCAGGCUGGCAAUCUAGAUGACAGAAAUGAUUUGGAUAUGAAGCUUUUCAUAGGUGGGCUUGUCCAUAAAAAUGAGGACACUACUACUAAGGAUGAAUAUAUCCGUCUUCCAGCUGAUAUAAAGGACUUGGAGAGAGAUUCUUUUCUGCUACAUUUUUCCAAGAGGAGUUUAGAGAGUGAUACUGGAGAAAGUAAAGCAUCUAAAGUGAAAAUAGCAGCUAUUGCAGCUCAAGGUGUUUCUGAGCUUAUGCCUCCAGAUGUUGCCAAGGCAUUUUGGGGUUCAGAUAAAGCUUCUUCUAAGGUCUCUAGAGAUGUGCGCGAAAUUGUCAAACUUGCUGUUAGUCAGGCACAGAGGCGGAGCAGAUUAUCUGAGUAUACAAAUUUCAACCGAAUUAGCAGUGACAAUGGCAAUUUGGACCCACUUGAGGGCCUCUAUGUUGGUGCAUUUGGUCCUUAUGGAACUGAAAUAGUUCAACUGAGGCGUAAAUAUGGUCGCUGGAGUGAUGCAGAUGAUUUAUCUUCUGUUGUUGAGUUCUUUGAGUAUGUUGAAGCUGUGAAGCUUACUGGAGAUCUCAAUGUUCCGGCUGGCCAGGUUACUUUUCGUGCCAAAAUUGGAAAAGAGAGCCGCCUCCCUAACCGUGGGUUGUAUCCAGAUGAGUUAAGAGUGGUUGCAUGCUACAAAGGUCAGGGAAGAAUAGCAGAAUUUGGUUUCCGUAAUCCACGAUGGGUUGAGGGUGAGCUUCUCCAACUUCAUGGCAAGGGCAUUGGACCCUAUGUCAAAGGAGCUGAUCUAGGCUUCCUUUACGUUGUGCCUGAGCAAAGUUUCCUUGUCCUGUUCAACCGUUUAAUAUUACCAGAGUGAGAUCAGUCUAUUACUGAUUUUCGUCACCUUUGUCACAACAAGAGAUCAAAGAAUCCGACACGGAGGAACUAUUUUGUGAACAAUAUUCUGGAGGACAAUGCUGUCUUAUGGUAACCCUUGUGUUCUAUGCUUUUAGUUUUGGUUAAGGAGAAGAGGUGAUCGAUAUUUUUUUAAUUUUUUCUCUCUCUCUCUUUUGCACCAUCUGUCUUUACUCCUU